AUGGACGAACGGGGCCAACUGGUGCCACUUAACCUCUGCUCUCCAUCCUACCUUAUGAGGGAGCUGAAGUCGCUUAAUAAUGGGUUUCUGCCACCACCACCACCUCUAUCUCCGACACCAUCGAGCUUAGCAUCUUCACGGUUUGGACGUUUGGCUGCCACCGCGAGCGUGAGUGAUUUGGAAGUACCCUUCAUUUCGCGGGUCACUGGGGGAUUCUGUUCGCCUUCUGGUAGGACUUCCAUCCUUCUCCCUGAUUACCGGUUACAACAGAAAUCUCAAGAGGAUGAACCAAAACCGAAUUUUAGCUACAUCGGUCUCAUUGCGAAGGCAAUUCUCAGUUCUAAGGAACGGCGUAUGGUCCUGUCAGAGAUCUACGAGUGGAUCCAGGUCAACUAUACCUACUUCCGCAGUCGAGGACCUGGUUGGCGAAAUUCUAUUCGACAUAACCUUUCGUUGAAUGACUGUUUUAUCAAAGUUGGUCGCUCUUCCAACGGCAAAGGUCACUACUGGGGCAUCCAUCCGGCCAAUGUGGAGGACUUUCGACGAGGCGACUUCCGUCGACGAAGAGCCCAACGGAAGGUGCGACGGGCACUGGGAUUGUCAUGUCCGGGUGAUGGGGAGGACAGUGACUCUCCACCCCUUUCUCCUCCGCCUCCCCACUUUACUCCCACCACCAGCCUACCUCUACCCCUUUUCCCUCUCCGUGCAAGCGAUAACACUGGUGGUGGUAGUGGUGGUGGAGUUGGUAGUGAGAAAGGCAUCUUUCCACCUCCUCCUCCCAUAAACGUCUUCGCAGCCCUGUUAAAUAGUCUCACGACUGCAGGUCUCCUACCUCUUCCCCCUCUACCGCCCCUUCCACCACUACAGGAAGCGUCACCAACACCUCUACGAUUGCAAUCGCUUCAGCGGGAGGGGGAGACAUCAUCUGACCCUUUAAAUAAAGUACCUUCUCCUUCAGGAAGCAGUUUUAGUGUGGCCAGUCUAUUGGGAAGCACUGCGCUGAAUGGAUCUGACUCUCCCAUCCUGGAAGUGAGUUCACUUACUUCAUCAUCAUCAACGAGUCUGAGGCCAAUUUUGAAAUAA